AUGCCUCAAAAUUCCAUGUUGGAGGUAGAAUUGUUUGAUGUAUGGGGCAUAGACUUCAUGGGACCUUUUCCACCAUCAUUUGGAAAGAAUUACAUUUUGGUUGCUAUUUGUUAUGUGUCAAAAUGGGUAGAAGUUGUACCAGUACCCACAAAUGAUGCUAAAGUGGUGGUCAAUUUCCUAAACAACUACAUUUUCUCUAGGUUUGGGGUACCAAUAUCACUAAUCAGUGACGAAGGUACUCAUUUUCUAAACAAGUUAAUGAAGAAUCUGUUAAGGAAAUAUACUGUCAAGGAUAAAAUUGCCACACCGUAUCAUCCUCAGACAAGUGGACAGGUUGAAGUAUCGAACCGACAGAUAAAGCAGAUUCUAGAAAAGACUGUCAUUGCUUCUCGAAAGGAUUGGUCGUUCAAGUUGGAGGAUGCACUGUGGGCGUAUAAAACAGUGUUCAAAACCCCAAUAGGUUUGCACAAUGCCUUUCAUACCAAGACGGACGCACUCACGUUAAUGCGGGAAUUGUAUGAAAAUACCCCCAAGGAGGAUUGUUUAAGGGAAGCAACAAAUGGUUGA